AAAUUACUAUUACAUUUUGGAGAGAAAAAAAAAAAACUUCUUAAACUACAAAGAUUUCUCAUCAAAAAAUCCUCCACGUGCAGCAAUUACAGCUUUGCAGAUCCUUGGCAUUCCAGCUGUCAGUUUGUCCAGAUACUCAGGUGACAUUUCACCCCACACUUCCUGUAACACUUGUCAUAGAUGUGGCUGUCUUGUCGGGCACUUCUCACGCACCUUACAGUCUAGCUGAUCCCACAAAAGCUCAAUGGGGUAAAGAUCCAUAACACUCUUUUCCAAUUAUCUUUUGUCCAAUGUCUGUUUCUUUGCCCACUCUAACCUUUUCUUUUUGUUUUUCUGUUUCAAAAGUAGCUUUUUCUUUUCAGUUCUUCCCAUUAGACCUCCACCCCUGAGUCUUCUCUUUACUGUUGUACAUGAAACUGGUGUUGAGCAGGUAGAAUUCAAUGAAGCUGUCAGCUGAGGACAUGUGAGGUGUCUUUUUCUCAAACUAGAGACUCUGAUGUACUUAUCCUCUUGUUUAGUUGUACAUCUGGCCUUCCACAUCUCUUUCUGUCCUUGUUAGAGCCAGUUGUCCUUUGUCUUUGAAGACUGUAGUGUACACCUUUUGUAUGAAAUCUUCAUUUUUGGCAAUUUCAAGCAUUGUAUAGCCUUCAUUCCUCAAAACAAUGAUUGACUGAAUUUCUAGAGAAAGCGGUUUCUUUAUUGCUAUUUUUGACCUAAUAUUGACCAGUCUAUUGCAUUCUGUGACAACUCAAAAACAAAGACAAUGUUAAGCUUCAUUUAAGGAACCAAAUAGCUUUCAGCAGUGUUUCAUAUAAUGGCAAGUGAUUUUCUGGUACCAAAUUAUCAAUUUAGCAUGGUUACUCAAGUAUAAUUUGUUGAAGUGAUGGCUGCUGGAAAUGGGGCCCUUCUAGAUUUGAUCAAAAAUGAAAUUUUUCAAAUAGUGAUGGUGCUGUUUUUUUUUUUUUACAUCAGUAAUGUCCUGACUAUACUUUGUGAUCAGUUGAAUGCCACUUUGAUGAAUUAAAGUACCAAUUUUCUUCUGAAACAGCAAAAUUUGUACAUUAUUCCAAACUUUUGGCCGCCAGUGUAUAUCUACUGUAUAUCAAACAGAAUCCACCUCUAACAAACUUCAUCAGCGAACAGAUCAGCUAAAUGUAAACAAGCUCACUGAAAAUGAGGUAAGAUACAAACCGACAUGUUCAGACUUAUUUAUUGUGAUCAUCUAAGUGUUUGUUCAGAGUUGCUUGUUUUAUGUUUUGAUCAAAAAAUGCCUUUAUUCUCACAGUCACUUGAAUAAGAGCGCACGCUCUCAUGCGCGCAGCGGGCACUGAGAAAGAGGGAGACACGCAAAGCUGGUUAAAAUGAAACUGAUACGGGUUCGACUGGAGGACAAUGAAUUAAACUGACUACAGAGAGCACUUCAAUGUGAAAACAAGCAAAUCCUGGGCAUUUAAGGCGAUUUUAGAAAUCCCAGUCUGAAGUCCCUUUCGGGGAGGAGUGUAUUACUGAUGAGGAAGAAGUGGCUGGUCAGGAAAAGCAGGCGGAAACUACAAGUUCCUUGGAUGCCCCAGAGGAGCACCAGAGCACUCCAAAGAGAGGGGUCCACGAUGAGAAUGGUACCAUGGAUCCAUUCUCAUAUGUGCACAUUUGUCCACACUGUUACCGUGGUUACAAACAUUACACUUCUCUGAAGGAACACCUCAAACUGCGGCAUGAAAAGAGUGAUGAAAACUACUGCUGUUCCCUCUGUAGCUACACCUUCACCUACCACGCACAACUCGUCCGUCACAUGAACUCACACAGGCAUGUCCGGGAGCAGUGGACUAUUUCUCAGUCAGGUGGAAACAGAAAGUUUAAAUGUACAGAAUGUUCCAAGGCCUUCAAAUACAAACAUCACCUGAAAGAGCACCUGCGCAUUCACAGCGGUGAGAAGCCAUAUGAAUGCUCUGAUUGUCAGAGAUGUUUCUCCCACUCGGGGACCUACAGCGCUCAUAUCACCAAGUGUGUGGGCAGGACCCCUGCAGUCAAAAUUGUGCCUCGAAGUCCUAGAGUGAAAGAAGCCAUGACCCUUUCUCUCCCCAAACACAUCUUUCUGAGAGAGAAGGUGGACAUUGCCAACAAUCCUCAACAAGAGCAACUCCCCCUGAAGCAGAUCAAACAGGAGCCUGUUGAACAUCAACCCAAAGCGGUGUCAGCAACACCAACUAUAAAUGCCACCACCAAUGGAGCUGCAGCCACAAAUGCUCAAGGCGUUGUGCAGACUUUGGUCAUGCCCACUGUCGGGCUGGUCCAGCCAAUCAGCAUCAACCUUGGUGACUUACAGAGUGUGCUGAAUGUGUUGGCUAGUGCCAGUGUUAAUGGAACGAAUAUGCAGCAGACGCAGCCACCGGUGAUCUCUGCCAUCUCUAUGCCAGUUGUGGGACAAGAUGGAAAUGCCAAAAUUGUCAUAAACUACAACCCCCAAUUAGACUCACAACUUAAUGAAGUUAAAGUAAAUGCUACACAGCCUGUUGUGACACAGCCUACUGCGACACAAGCCGGUACAGCUCAGGCAAAAUAUACGGUUUCUAAUGUGUCACAGCCAAAAGGGGUGCAGAUUGAUUCAGCACAGUCCAACUUAACUGAAACCCAAACAUCAAGUACACUCAAUGCAAAACCUACACAGGUAGUAAUCAUCAAACCAGUCCAAGCCGGAAACCCCACCAAACCAGCAUCUAUCAUCAGACUAACCCCCACACAGGCUGCCAGGUUGGUCCAAGCCCGUGCGGCACAACCAAAGCUCACCCAGCAAUCUUUACUGCUAGUGAGGAGAGCAGAUGGGACACAGAGUCUUGUGGUUCGACAAGUAGCUAUCGGCAAUCCAACAGUGGAGACAAAGCCCACCGAGAUUAAAUCAUCCUCAGAAAAGACUACAAAUACAGCGCUUGAACCACAAGCCGAGAGGAGAGACACAACAGAAAAUACGAGUUCCUUGGAGUCUGAUGUUUGUAAACAAAACCUGACUGCCAAUGUAUCAUUGGGCAUCAAAAUCAAAACUGAACCUGACUCUCCUUCCAAGAUUGAGACUGAAAUAGAUAACGAGGGAGAGAAAGAUAUGGAGACAGACAGCGAUAAAGAGGAAGGGAAACAAGCUGCAAAUAACACAGUCUCACACUCUGGAACAGUUCACAACCGUGUUGCAUGUGGAGACAACUUCCAUAACUACGCAAGUUGUUUGCUUCGCGAAAAUGGCCCAAGCAAACAUAAACUCCUUGACUCUCGGAAAGGUGACACCAAGGGGUCGCCUAAAAUUUUCUCUCUGGCCUCUCUACUUAAAAAGGAUAAGAGUGGAGCAGCAGAGCGCCUACUUCCUCUCCUGAAGGCCUAUAGUCAGGACCCUCAUCCCACUGAGGAGGAGCUGUCUCAGGUUGCAAAGUCUGUUAAGCUGCCUCUAGAGGCGGUCUGCAAGUGGUACCAGAAGAUGCAUUCCAAGAAGAUUUUGCUUAAGGCUGCAAGCUGAAAAACAGCCAACAGACUGAGGAAAAUACCCCAUGUGAUCCUAUUGAUGUGUCUCAAGAAAAGAACUCGACCCAAGACACCUUGCGUUCCUACUCAACAUCUUGAUGGCACCUCAACAGACACCCAAAAUGGAACUCUGUGCUUCACCUGACUCCUCUCCAACCAAUAUGUUUGUUCAACUUUCAGCGCUGCGCAGGCUGAUCUGCGCUGGAUUUGAAGCAGUGCAUGUUGGUUAGAACUUUUGUUUGAGUUGAGAUGGUGCCACUGCCAUGUCACCGUGACUUAUGCAAUGAAAGCACUGCGAAAGUGAUUCGAGAGCAGCCGCCUGGCACAGCAGCAGAAGUUGCUCCAGAGUGACUGCAGAAGCUCUGAUGACUGCACAGCUUAUUCGUAAAAAAUGGGGAUAGACCUAGUUACCAUGAGAAACUUCUUUAUUCACACACACUGUCGGUCGCGUGGAAAAACAGGAUUCAGCCAUUGGCAGACAAUCUUACAGAAUACCUUGAAACCCAAAAUACCUUGAAUGAAAUUUGACUUAUGGACCAGUGAGGUGGGGAUUAAUUUACUGAAAGGGGGAAACCUAUAGGGAAGUGUUCACUGGAGGGUUGGCCCCCAAGGACUAUUGCUCUUCAGAUCUUCCCUGGGCUCCUUACUGGUCUGUGUGUCCUAGUCUUUCCUUGUGGUGGGUGGUGUGUUUUAUUAGUUCUGCAGUUUGUUAAUGAGCUAGUGUAAUGGGAGCCAGCUGGUACUUGAUAGCUAUGCAGUGUGUGUAACCCUCACUUCCCUGGCCUCGAGGCGCACUAGCGACUGACACUAGGGGCUGUAGCCUUUAGCCUCCUCGUUAGCGCGCCCGCCUCCCAUGCCAGCUGACGCCGAUUCUAAUCCGGCUCGGAGCAGGUCGAGCAGGACCAGUUACGCUAGCAGAUGACCAGAUUCUACCCUUUCAGAAACAACAGCAUCUUUUGACUUUCUGUUGUUUUCUUUUGUCUUGAAUGUACAAAAAAUACAAAAACAUCUCAUUUAAUUCCUUUGAAGAAGCUUCAGUUGUAAAAGAUAUCAUAAAAGAGGAGUGAGUGACUGGACAUGAUGGAGGUGAUUGGAGAGUGCUGUAAUGUUACAUUCAGGUCUGUGAAUAUACUUAACCAGUUCCCCUCCGAAACUUAAGAGUGACUGAGGUGAUUUUAGCCUAAUACAUGAGUGUAGAUAUGUCUGCCCCAACACUAGAUGUUACUGUAGCACCAGUGUCUGAAAGAAAAGUCAAACUCCUUUUGUUACAAAAUUCCAUUUGCAAAGAGUCUUUCAUCUUUGCUGUAAACUUCUGGGGAAAGUUAAGAACUCGCAGUCCUAACAAUUAGUCCCUUAGCAAGCUUCCCUGCAAGUUUGGUGGAGAGGGGAGGGCUGCAUCAGGACUGUAAGCAGGCUAUAUAGGAGCUGAGUAAGGCUGUGCAUUUCUUCUAAUAUCUUUCUGGUCUUUCUACACUCAUUCAUAUAAUGUCCAGGUUUACCACAUUAGUCACAUCUGCCCUCCCUCUUAGGACAUUUGUGGUGUUGUUUACUCUCUCUUUUUGCCUUAUGCAAGGAGACUGCUGCAACCAUCAGAGUCCAUUUCCCAGGUCGCCAACCUGCUUGAGUUCGCAGAGUUUCAGUGGACCAUGUGAGAUUAAUAAAGGACGGUACUCUCAUGAAAGGCCAUCAAACCAAGUAUGCACUAGUGGUCCCUUAUCAUUGCGAACCUUCUCAGGAGUGUCAGCUAUACCAUUGUAUACAGCAGCCGCUUGACAAAACCUUUAAUUGUACUUGCUGAUGGUUUCGCCUUUCCUAAGCUACAGACUCUUGACCAGUCUACCUUUGGCCCAGUGAUGUUCUUUAGCACUCACAAAACUCCCUCUCACAAGUCCUCUUUACUUGCUGAAGUAAAGCAAGUCAUCUUUUGUUGAAGCCCUGUCAUGGCUCAACUUAGUGAGUCAGGACACACUAGAAUGCAACUUUUUCUUUUGCUCUUCUAACCUAGCAAUGCUUUGAGUUUGCUCUUGAGCCAAAUCUAAAGAGAAUUUUUGAUGGUAAUAGAUAAUGCCUUUUAUAUUUAUCUUCCGAAUACAAGCACCAAGCACUCAUACAUUCUGCAAGGGUCCAUACCUUAUUCGACUGAAUACCAAAUUUCUGUCAAAUUCUGUCUCUAUUGAGUCCAUGUGUUCUAACAAUGAUUUUAAUUCAUUGCCUGUCCAUUUCUCAGUUGUAGGAAUACGUCUAGUAUUCUUGUUAACCAUUUUUCCUUUAACUACUGUCUCUCUGACAAAACAAAGAAGAACUAUCAGAAAUGUAUUUGACUGUCACCAGUGUUUCUCUCACAAACCAGAUGAUCCUGUACACAUCCCUGGAUGAGCAGAGGAUAAACCAACCUCCUAAGAGCCCCACGUGAUUGUGGUGUGCAUUUUCCAUUUCCCUUUUUGAUUUGUAACUAGUAGCAAAUAGUUUUCCUAAAAAUGUAUGUCCACAUAUGUGGACAGCGGGGACUAAGUUGUGAAAUUAAGUAAUUUCAAGCUAUAGAAAGUCAGAUUUUUUUCAUCAAAUAGUUACUCUGUGUCCAUGAAUGUUGGUUAUGUGAGUUUUUGGAUGUUAUAGACAUUACAGCUGAUAUUCUAUAAAGCUGAAUAAAUAAUUAUUAUUAAAAGUAUUAGCCAGCAUCAUCAAAUCACUGCCAACCAUGUUAAAAUAAAAUUUUGCAUUAUAAAA